AUGGGGAGUAAUGAGGGCACGGCAGCCAUGGAUCAGAAAGCACAGCUGACCGACCAGGAGCACCGAGCUAAAAACGACCACCACUUUAGAACCGAGCACUACAGAUUUAGAUCCGAGAACUACUCGAGAGCUGAACAGUCGACGAGCGGCAAGGCCCAAAUCGCAUCGACCUUCCACUGGCGCGUCGCGCUUCCUGCGCUCGUCGCGGCGACGAUUCUCGCACUCUUAUUGGCUGAUCCGCUGCGCCUGAGCCCCGUGGCGCACCUCCCGUUCGACCCGGUCGUCAUCGACAUCGCGCCGCCACCACCGCGCUCCGUCAAGGACCCUCUUAAUCGGCUCGCUGAUGCCGAGAUCAUGUUCGAGGGCGAAGCGUUCGGUCCCGAGAGUAUUGCAUGGGACCUGGACGGCAGGGGGCCGUACGCGGGCGUGGGCGACGGACGAGUCGUGCGCCGCACGGCCGACGGCCGCGCGUGGGAGACGUUUGCGUGGGCAUCGCCGCUUCGGACGCCCGAUCUCUGUGACACGCACGCCCCUCGGCGCUUCAGCAGCAGCUCUGCCACGUCGCAGGAGCUCGGACCAAUGGAAAGGAGGCACGCGGCGGCAGCAGCAGCGACGCUGCCAGCCUCGGAGAGAGUGGCGACCGCGUUCGGCGUGUUUCCCAGCGACGUUUCUCUCGUGCAGCCUCACAUCCGAACCACCGUUCAAGGCUCGGUGCCAGGCUCGGUGCUAGGCUCGGUGCCAGGCUCGUUGGAAGGUCCUGCUGGGAACCACUCUUCCCCAGACGUACCUUCAGAAGAGACUCAAAACACCGCCGCCUCUCCUGCCGCACAGGCUGCCAAUGUAGAGUCAUCACAACAGAACCAACUGUCCCAGCAAAUCCAGCAAUCUCAGCAAUCCCAUCAGGCCCAAAAUUCCCAUCAGGCUCAGAAAUCCCAGCAGGAGCAGCAGGUGCAGCAAUCCCAGCAAGCCCUCCCAAACCCCUCUAUGGAGCACAUAUGCGGGCGGCCGCUGGGGCUGCGGUUCCACCCGGUGACGGGGGAGCUGUUCUUCGCGGAUGCGUACUUUGGCGUGUUCAAGGUGGGGCGGCAGGGCGGGCUGGCGCAGCCUGUGGUGACGCGCGUGGACGGCCGCCCGCUGCUGUUCGCCAACGACCUUGAUAUUGCCGCCAGCGACGAGAAUGGCACUCUCUAUUUCACCGACACCAGCACUCGCUUCCACCGCCGGAGGCUGGUUCCAGUAGACCUGCUUCUUGCCAUCCCAUUCCAUUUCCAUCCCUCUCACUCUCCUGCCUCCAACUCAUUCUGUCUCCCCCACUCACCACCACAGGGUCUAGCGAUAGUGGAGGGCAGGGAGACGGGCGGCUGGUGCAGGUGGACCUACCUCUCUCCCCCCCAUUCCAUCCCUCUCCUUCCCCUGCCUCCAUCUCUCGCUGUCCUCGCCUGCCAUAGGGACUACUACGUGGCGAUAGUGGAGGGGCGGGCGGACGGGCGGCUGCUGCAGGUGGACCUGACCACGGGCCAGGCGGCAGUGCUGGUGGUUGGGCUUGCAUUUGCCAACGGUGUCGCUCUCUCAAGAGACAAGUCGUUCCUCGUAUUCUGCGAAACCACCACUCUGAGGUAA